AUGUAUAUGUCAGAACACAACACGCGUAUCACUUCACAAGGCGCGACCGUAGCUCGUGCUCGUACAACUACAUGUCUGUCCGUGGUGCGUGCCGCCUGUACGGCGUCGUUCGCGGGACUGGCGCGCGGCGGUGUCGGCGGUGCCGGCGGCGAGGCGCGUCCCUCCUUCGCCGCCCAUCGUCUUCUCCUCGUCCAGCAGCGUCGCCGUGGUAGCGGCCGACACUCAUCAUCACCGACAACACACCACUCACAUAACAAACAGCUACAUCUAAACAUUCGACUUCACACGACACAACUCCGAGAUGUUAUUCACUCUGUACAAGUUUUAAAUAUGCCGUAUCGGACGAGCUUCGUCCAAGUAGAGCUGUGUGUGCACAACAAUUAUAUCAGGCAGGCAACAGUGGAGAGAGGCGACGUCGCCGAAGAACACGGCGCUUUGCCUCGUGGUAAUUACCUAGCUGUAGCUGGCAGUGGGGGCCGCCGCGAGGACCAUCUCCUGUCAGGGCUCGCGUGCAGGCCACCUCUCACGCCCAUAUUAAACGCAAGCUAA